GGCGGAGCCCCGCCCGCGGUCUAUAAAGGGGCCCGCGCCCCGCCGCCGCUCGCCAGCGCUCCGGACAGCUCCCGCGUGUGGAAGCCGAGGCCGGGCGCGGCGUGGGUCGGGGCGAGCUCGGCGCCAGGCCCAGCCAUGCCUGCGGGGGCCGCGUGCAGCCUUUUCCUCGCCUCCGUCCUCUGGCUGAGGGCAGGCGCCCAGAGCUUCGGCCAGACGCGCUUCAUCUGCACCUCGGUGCCGGUGGACGUGGACCUGUGCGCCUCCUCCCUGGCCAGCAGCGGCACCGGCGAGGAGCUGCAGAGCGCCGUCCUGCAGCUCCGGGAGACCGUGCUCCAGCAAAAGGAGACCAUCAUGAACCACAAGGAGACCAUCCGGGAGCUGACCACCAAACUGGGCCGGUGCGAGAGCCAGAGCCUGCCCGAGACCGGCCCCAGCGAGUCCAAAGCGGCCGGGGGAGCCAGCCGCAAACAGACCGGCUCGUCCAAGAACACCAUGGGGGAUCUGUCCCGGGCGCCCGCUGCUGAGACCUUGAGCCAACUUGGGCAAACUUUGCAGUCGCUUAAGACAAGGCUAGAAAACCUAGAGCAGUUUAGUAGGAUCAAUUCGUCAGGCCAGACCAACCACCUGAAGGAUAUACUUCAAACUAAAAUCGAUGACUUGGAGAAGCAAGUUCUGUCCAGAGUGAAUAGCCUGGAGGAAGGAAAGUUAAAUCCAAAGAACGAGUCCGAGGAAAGGAGCAAAAUAGAGAGCACGUUAACUUCCCUGCACCAGAGGAUCAGUGACUUGGAGAAAGGGCAGAAAGACAGCCGGCCGGCCGACAAGUUCCAGCUGACCUUCCCGCUGCGGACCAACUACAUGUACGCGAAGGUGAAGAAAAGCCUGCCCGAGAUGUACGCCUUCUCCGUAUGCAUGUGGAUCAAGUCCAACGCCUCGCCGGGGGUGGGGACACCCUUCUCCUACGCGGUGCCCGGCCAGGCCAACGAGCUGGUGCUCAUCGAGUGGGGCAACAACCCCAUGGAGAUCCUCAUUAACGACAAGGUCGCUAAGCUCCCGUUCGUCAUUAACGAUGGGAAGUGGCACCAUAUCUGCAUCACCUGGACCACGCGGGACGGUGUGUGGGAGGCCUACCAAGACGGCACGCAGGGGGGCCACGGAGAGAACCUGGCUCCCUAUCACCCCAUCAAACCGCAGGGGGUCCUGGUCCUGGGCCAGGAGCAGGACACCCUGGGCGGGGGGUUUGACGCCACCCAGGCGUUCGUGGGCGAACUGGCCCAUUUCAACAUCUGGGACCGGAAGCUCAGCCCCGGGGAGAUCUACCACCUGGCCACGUGCAGCUCCAAAGCCCCCGCCGGCAACGUCAUCGCCUGGUCCGAGACCAACAUCGACAUCUACGGGGGGGCCACCAAGUGGACUUUCGAAGCUUGCCGCCAGCUCAACUAGCGGCGGGUGGCUGGAGCGCAGCGCCCUCCCCGGCAUGAAUUCAGGACUAAAGUCCCCCCCGCCCCCCGCCUCUCCGUGCAAAAGCAAACCCAGCCAAGCGACAGGGCGCCCGCCUUGCCAGCGCGGGCGCGGCCCGGUCCAAGGGCACCGGACGGCGCCUGACAAGCCGGUGAGAGGCUUGGGUCCGUCGGCCUGGCCCUUUCCCUGGAGGGCGGCGUCCCCGCUUCCAGCUCCCCCGAACCGGCUCGUUUCUCUCUUGCCAACGUCCUUCGAAGCCUGCGUGCCUUGGGCGGCUGCAGCUCCUGCGCCCAGCUGCCGUCCUCUGCCUACUCGUUCCGGCCGGCGAGCUCCUCGGGGCUCUCCCGCCGCGGCUCGUUCCCGGGUGGCCGAGCGGGGGCCGUGUCCGCACUAGGCUGUGUGCCCCGAGAAUGGGGGGCCGCUGAGUUCUUGCCCCCAGCGCUGAGCACCUUGGCAGUGGGUCAGCGCACUAGGCGGGUCUGGCGUUGCUUAGGGGUGUGCGGGGCUGACUCAGGAGCCUCCGAUCCCCGCUUACUUUUGAGUGGGGAGGGGGGCGGCUCCUUUCGUCUUUCAGUGCCAGGGCGUGACUCCUUUGUACUUGGACGGGCUCUGCAGGAGCAUCGGAGGAGGAAGAGCCUCCUCCCCUCCUCCUUCCCUCAUUGGGCUAGGAAGCGAGCCGCAAACCCGGGCAGAGCUCAGACCCCCUUUCCUCGCGGGGCAGGGGGACCUGCUUUGUUUCCGAACCCCUCCGAGGCUCCUUCCUUCUCCAGUCUGACCCCCCCUCCGCCCUUCAGUGUUCUGCGUCAGUAACAGCCCUGCCCUGCUGCCCAGGGAAUGGGGGUGGCCAGGAGAACCCCCAGGGAGCCAUGUAGGAUCCUGCUCCGGCUCCGACUUGCUGGGGCCGGCGCAUCCUGGGGGCCCUGCUGGGUCGCUGGCCUGUGAUUUACACUCAGCUCAGCUGAGGCCUCGUCUUCGGCCCGCAAGCGCCCACCCGCAGGAGCCAGAGACCCGACGGGCUAAGGAGGGGCUAAGAGGGUGGGGGCAAAGCCGGAGGUUUGAAUCCUCGGGCCACUCCAGGGGCCCGAGUUCGGAUCAGGCGCUGGCAGGUGCCCGCUGACAGGCGGGGCUGGAUUGUGGGCGUAAAGGACUGGAAGGGAUUUCCCUGCUAGAAGGGGGUACGGGUCUGUGGGGAAAGGGACGGGGCACAUCCCACUGUCUCCCCGCUUCUUGCGGGGGUAAGUAGCCUCCGCUGGGCAGCUGCUCCCCCCAGCAUCGGGCACUUCUUCCCAGACACGGGCGGCCUCAUGGCUGGUGGGCAGCGACCCGGAGCCUCCGGCCGGGGCCGUGCCGGGUCCCGCUGUUCAGCGGCUACCCCUCUCCAGCCAGGGGGGAGGCGGGUCAGCUCUCGCCUGGGUCCGAGCCCAGUGGCUCUUGUCCCACGUUUACUGGAACGCGUUACAAAGGAGGGGCUGUUUACGGAAUCUUCUAGGGGGCCGUCCCAGCCCCCCCCCGGGUUGCGGCACCCCUGGGUUCCUGCAGAGACGGCGGCGCGGGGAGCUGGGGGUGCUAACGUCUCGGUGGCCUAGCCUCGUCUGGCCUGCUGGGGGCGGGUUGCCCGAGCGAUGUUCAUGCCCUAGGAUGGCCUGGGGGGCACGUUCCCAGCGGAGGGUGGCAGCGGUACCUUCAGCACCCCGGCUCCUCCCGGCGCUAUCCCUUGAGCACCGCGGCUGCCUCCAUCCAGAGCUCGGGCUCCCUGGGAGCUGCCAUCCAGCACCAGGCUGCCCCGGCCCUUUCCUUCCUUAGGCGCCCCCCAUUCCCGACCACUUUAAAGAAGGGAGAGAGGACGAAGAUCCCGCAUCGAGUCCAUUCCUCCGUGCCCCUGCUCUUCCCUGGGGCACUGACUGAACCAUGCCUCUCUCAGGUAACGUCCUUUUAUAAAAUACAAAGCGCUGCAGAAGCAGCGUCUGGUUUGCCUCCACAGGCAGCCGAAGUGUGACAGCUGUCAAAUAGCCUUUACCGUCCCUUGAAAGUUUAGCUACCCUUUCAGUCUUCAGCCUUUCUGCUUUUGAUAACACGGGGUACUCUUUAUCUUAUUGUAAAAGGAAGUUUAUUACCAAUAAAAGGUAUUUUUAUGAAGGAGAAAAAAUAAAAUAAUAUAAAAUUAACUGAUCGUCCCUGAAAAAUACUUUAAGACUUUGGGGGGGGAAGGGGGGAAAUGAUAAAGAAAAGCUUAUUUUGAAAUUAUAGAUACAUUUUUGUAUGGUUUCCUUUUAAAACUCCUGGUCUGUAAGAGAUCACCCCCAGCCCACUUCUGAACCCCAUCUCCAGUGGUAGGGUGGGGUGAGGCAGAGAGAAUUCACAGGAGGCUGAACCAGCUCUUAUGACAAACUCCAAAGAUAGGGCAAAUAAAGAUGCCACCUGGACGGUCAUGGACCAGGCGGUUCAAGGUUGAUGCUGAGCUCCAGGGCUGAUCCUCGUCAAGCCCUGAGAGAGCUGGUCACAUGACCAGCCAUUUUCAAACUCAGCAUUUCUCUGCAGAGACAUCACUAUCCACCCAACAAACCAAAAAGAACAGGAGGACUUGUGGCACCUUAGAGACUACCACAUUUAUUUGAGCAUAAGCUUUCAUGAGCUACAGCUCACUUCACCGCAUGCAUUCAGUGGAAAAUAAAAUCUCCUCACUGUAUUUUCCACCAAAUGCAUCCGGUGAAGUGAGCUGUAGCUCAUGAAAGCUUAUGCUCAAAUAAAUGUGGUAGUCUCUAAGGUGCCACAAAUCCUCCUGUUCUUUUUGCAGAUACAGACUAACAUGGCUGCUCCUCUGAAACCAAACAAAUCAAGUUACCUUGAUACUAAAACGUGGCUCAGGGCAGCGUAUUUUAACUGUGCUCUUAAAAAACCCCAAACAUUGUAAGCUCAGUUUGUUGAGCUAUUUACUGGAAUCUGUUGACUUCAGCUCACAGCAGCUGAAGCACAAUUUGCUGAGGGGAAAAACUGAUAAUUGGAAAAAAAUAAAUCCACAGUCCCAAUUGUAUCUGAUUUGCUAAAAUGUGUGAUAUUGAUAUAAUGUAUAUACUGUACAGAAUGGUAGAAAAUAAAUAAUCUUAAUUUGUCAUUAUUUUGCUAACCAAAGCUGUACAUUUUUCCUAUGACUUGCUAUCAGCCUUUUGGGUUUGAAAGGGUUUAAAAUAUAUCACACAGCCACUAUCCACAUCAGCAGUUCUGGAAAUGCACUGUUUCUACUGGUAUUCAUGCUUUUUCAUUUUAUUGCUGAAAUUACAUGAAUUGUUGAGUUUAUUUUUACACAAUAAAGAGUGAAGAAAGACACUGGGCUCUCUUUCAAAUGUUCUGUGGACUUUCCUGACUAGCCACUUGCCAAGUUUCUUACUGGGGUGACGGGCAGGGCUGGCUUGUUAUUUUAGAGGAAUUUCUGUCCAAGGCUCCUUGAAGCCUAAGCUAACCUGAGAUUUAAACUCCCUCCCUGCUGCCAGGCCUUUCCACUAAGAUCAUCUAGUACAGGCCACAUUUGACCUUUUUCUUGUACCUUAGGUUUCACAAGUGGCUCAACACUUAGAGCAUUGCAUCAGUGAGCCCCAGGAAACAAGCCACCUGAGUGUGGGGAAAGGGAUUGGAGAGAACAGGGGGGUGGGCUAGACCACAUAAAAAUCACUCAAAAACUUUUGUUAGAAUUGAAUCUGAAGAAUCCCAGUCACCAAAAAAAAAUCCACCCCACCCUCCUAUAAGAUACAGAGCAUUCACAGUAAAGUCCUGUUGCAUCUUAUACCAUUAGUUCAUGAUGCUAUGUUUUGUACAGUGAGGUGUAUAAAAUGGUAUGUUCCUGUAUUAAAUGCCUGUAACACUG